CGACGCAGGAAAUCUCACGUGAAUUCCAAGCGAAAUCAAAUAAAAAUCUGUCGGAAUCGAUUCGAAUUCAAAUCGCCAAAGAACAAAUCAAAUGAAGUUGUAGAAACAGUGGAAAAUCAAAUCAAAUAUAUAAAGAGAAUUUUCUCCAUAUAUCUGUUUCAAUUCGGUGAACAUAAAAGCUGCGGAAACUCUGUAAAAUCUCUCUAAAUUUUCAAAUUUAGGGGUUUUGAUAUUUGUUCUCUGCAGAGAUGAAUGAGCAAUCUGCGUCGAUGAUGAAUCAACAGCAGCAGAUGAUGAGUAUGAGUCAGAGCCAAAUGAUGGGGAUGAAUUCGCAUCCGCAGUUACAGCAGCCGCCGGUGAUGAGUCGUAGCUACGGGAUGUGGCCACAGGCGCCGCCGCCUCCGGCUAUGGAUCAGAUGAACUUCCCAAACCCAAGCUUUAAUGCUAUGAAGCCUCAGGGGUUUGUGAUGGGGAAGCAAUCGAAGCCACUGCGACCACGGAGUAAUUGGAAGGGUAAGAAAAUGAAUAAGAUUGACAAGAGAAUGGAUGUAGGGAGAAGGAAUGAGAAGUCGAUGCUCAUCGGUACUAGCAGUGUGACUGGAACUGGUGAUGGCGCAUCCGGUGGCUAUGGUGGUUACCAACCUCCCACCCUUAAUGAAUUGCAACAACAAAACCGGUUAAAGGCCCGGAGAUUUUUCCCUAAAAAGAAGUUUCAUAAUUUCAAUAAUAAUAAUAACAACAACAAUAGGGAUGCACCCUUUGCUCCUCGGAAUACAACAUCAUUUAUUAUCCGGGCAAAGAAGAGUGGUGGGAUUGCUUCAUUAGUCUCCCCGUAUCCUGUGACACCGGCUGUGCUUCCAACACCUAAUUUCUCCCCAUCGAGGGAAGUUGUGGUGGAUAUGGCUAAGGAGGAGUGGGGAUUGGAUGGAUAUGGAUCAAUGAAGGGUUUGAUUAGACUGAGAUCUCCUGGUCAGGAGUUAGAACCCCAUGAAGAUGAGGAUGAAGAGGAUGGAGAGUCUAGUGAGAGUGAUGUGGAGGAACAUGUUGAGGUGGAAAGAAGGUUGGACCAUGACUUGAGCCGUUUUGAGAUGAUUUAUCCAAACCAUAGUGCAGACUACAACAACGUUUUGGAGAAUAGGGUGGAUGAUCAGGAUACUCAUAUUGCUCAAUUAGAAGAGGAGAACUUAAUUCUCAAGGAGAGGCUGUUCUUGAUGGAGAGGGAGUUGGGUGAUCUGAGGAGGAGAUUGCAGAGUCUUGAGAGGCAGAAUAAUGGAGAAGCAGUGGCAAAUGAAUCUGAUAGUGAAACUGAAAGUUUCAGUGAUGCUCCAUCUGUAGAUAACAAUGUUGAAAUCGUUGUAGAGAACGAACAUGUAGAUGUGAACCUAAAAUCAGAUAACACUAAUGAUGGUGGUAUUGAAACUGCUGAGAGUGAAGGGAACAUUGUUAAAGGAACUCAGCAACACUGGAAUAAUGAGACUUUUGAAGAAGCUGGGGCUGAUGACAAUGGAGCUAAGGGUGCAGAAAGCAAGCACAAGAAGAGUGAUAUGGAUUUGCAAGAGAAAGAAGACAAGAAGCAGCAGGAUGUUGAAAUGAAGGAAGACAGUGAUAGACUCAAUGUUGAGGCAUCUGAGAAUGAUGAACUCUCUCUUGUUGAUGUUAGUAUCAAGGCUGCAGAAAGCGAGCACGAGAAGAGUGACAUGGAUUUGCAAGAGAAAGAAGACAAGAAGCAGCUGGAUGUUGACGUGAAGGGAGACAGUGAUAGACUCAAUGUUGAGGCAUCGGAGAAUGAUGAACUCUCUCUUGUUGAUGUUAGUAUCAAGGAGGCUUCUCACAUGGAUGAUGAGAUGAAUGUGUAGAUGCAAUUUAAGAAUUGAAAUGAAUGAUCAGAGGAGAGCAUUUGCGAGGGUGACUUGUCUAAGUGUCCCGCGUUAAUGUAAGUCUCUUCUCUGAGAGUGAUCUCUUUUCAUCCAUUGCAGGCAUCAUUUAUAAUUCACAGUCUAGAUAAUGCAUUUCAAGUACAUAAGGGUUAGCUUUUCAUUUUGGUGCACAAAAUGUUCUUUUUGUCUUAUGACUUCUAAUCACCUUUGAAUGCAUAGAUGUAUCGGUUUCUCUUCCCCAGUUUGUAAUUUUGUUCGAGGUGGCUAUCUGAUAGUAGUAGGGGAAUAUUAAGCUAGAUUUUAGGUGUUCUUUUUGGUCUUCGUGAAUCAUGAUAAAUCUGUAAUGAUCUGCUUUGGAAUUGUAAUGAACUCCUUUUUGGAUCCAUUUUAGAAGUGUUAAUGGAAUUAUACUUUGCAAUAA